AUGUAUCCUUGGUGUUAUGAGAUACUUCAGUGCAUCAUCCGCCGGUCAAUCUCACAACUUGGCGGUCGUCGCAUCAUCUGUUUCGUCGAUGCCCUUGACGAGUGCGAAGAAGAACAGGUCCGCGGCAUGGUUGGUUUCAUCCAAUCCCUUGGAGAGCAUGCGUUAUCAUCAAAAGUCCACCUUCACGUCUGCUUCUCAAGCCGUCAUUACCCCCACAUUGCUAUCGAGAAGGGGCUGGAACUGAUACUGGAGGAUCAGGAAGGUCACGCUAACGACAUUACCCGAUACCUGCAAAGCGAGCUCAAGAUUGGGCGCAGUAAGCAAGCCGAAGAUAUUCGACGCGAGAUACAGGCGAAGGCCUCUGGGAUUUUCUUGUGGAUGGUGCUUGUUGUGCGCAUCUUGAACCGCGAAUUCCAGCGCGGUCGUUUGCAUGCCCUCCGCAAGAGACUUCGUGAGAUCCCGGCCAAACUCAGUGAUCUUUUCAAAGAUAUACUGACCAGGGAUACUGCGAACAUGGAGGAUCUCUUACUUAGUAUUCAAUGGAUUCUAUUUGCGAGACGACCGCUCAAACGAGAGGAGCUGUACUUUGCCAUCCUUUCUGCCGAUCCCGACAAUUUGACGGAGGCCUGGGACCCUGAAGACGUAACUGAGCAGGAUAUCGAUCGAUUCAUAUUGAGCGCCUCCAAAGGACUCGCCGAGACAACUAGAUCAAAGGCAAAGACCGUUCAGUUUAUACAUGAGUCCGUCCGAGACUUUUUGCUGAAAGAGAAUGGAUUGCGCGAGCUCUGGCCUGAGCAUCAGGAGAACUUCGAGGCUUCCAGUCAUGAUCAACUGAAGCAGUGUUGCAACAACACCCUCCUUUCCAAAGCUAGCAACCGCAUUGCAGAGGAGCAGUAUAUUGCAUCUGCUUUCAGGGAUGAGCUAAAAGCCUUACGGGGCUCUGUCUCUCGAAAGGUCCCAUUCCUACAAUACGCGGUGCACAAUGUCCUUCAACACUCCGAAGCCGCAGAGAAAGGUGGCAUCCGCCAGGGAUGCUUUCUUGGCAACUUCAAUUUCUCCCGCUGGAAGCGUUGCAGCAAUAUAUUCGAGAGGUACAAAGCCCGUCGUCAUACGGAAUCUGCAUGUCUUCUUCAAAUCCUUGCAAAACAUGACCUAUCGAAUUUGAUUCUGGCGAUAUGCAAAGACGAGCCAUGUGGUUAUAUAUCGAGCAAGCGUGACCUUGACUUUCUGGGUUCCUAUGCUGUUAGGAAUGACCAUAGGGAUUUUCUCGAUUCCAUCAUCCGAAGCCGGCUGCAAGACGCUUCAGCUUCCUCUACCGCUUGUAUCGAAAUGGCGCUCCGUUACACCAUCCAAUUUGAUCGAGAAGCUAUGUUUGCGAACCUCAUGACACACACCCAUGUUAACCUCAAUCAACUGGAUAAAGAUGGGAAGCAGUAUCUACAUUACGUGAUCCAGUACGGCCGCGACUCCAUGUUCGACAGAAUGUUAGCUAUGCGCGAGAUUGACUUGAAUGCACCCGAUGUACACGGUGACACGCCUUUGCAUUACGCCAUUCGAUUUAAGCAACAAUAUAUCUUCACCAGACUUAUUACAAUGGAUCAGAUAAAUUUGAGUGUCCAGAACAUGGCUAAUCAAACUUUAUUACACUGUGCUAUGCAAUACGGACGGGAGAAGAUGUUCGAUUUACUGAUAAUGAGAGACAAUGCCGAUAUCACUGCUCAUUUAUGCUCCGCCAUCGAGCGUAAUGACGAGCUUGUGUUCAAUCGACUGUUAGCAACACAGCCUCUUCGAGUAACUGCGACAAACAAAGAUGGCAAGAAGCCAAUGAUACUGGCAAUCGAACGCUCAAAUCCUGCCAUGAUUAAGUCGCUCUUGGAAAUGAGCUGCACGGAGGUACCCCUCUCCAAGCAAGGUUGGAAUAGAAUGCUUCAUUGCGCAGCCCUAAAUAGAUGGGGUGAGAUUGUAGAGCUACUAGUUACCAUGGAGGACCUCUUCACUCACUUGAAUAGUCCGUGCGCAGAAGCCGUUUUGCUCUACGCCGCAUGGAGUGGCCAUAAGACCCUUGUGGAUAGAAUUUUAGCUACAGGGAAGCCUGAUCCAAACGCAAAAGCCUUUGAUGGGAAGACAGCACUUGCGUACGCUGCAUGCGGAGGCUACACAGGCAUUGCGAUACAACUACUCUCGAAAGAAAAUGUUGAACCUGAUGUCAAAGAUUGGUAUGGGAUGACACCACUUGCAUACGCUGCAUCUAGAGGCCACGAAAACAUUGUUAUCCAGCUACUCUCGACAGAAGGAAUCAAUGUCGAUGCAGCAGAUUCACUCGGAAUCACGCCACUCAUGCACGCUGCCACUAGCGGCCAUGCAGGUGUUGUUCACCUACUGCUGUCUACAGGAAAGGCCAAGCCUGACUUUAAAGACAUGUUUGGAUUUACGCCCUUGUCUGAAGCCGCAGUGAAUGGUCACGAAGACGUGGUACGUCGGUUACUUGCAAACCGAAGACCUGAUCUUCCCCCAGACGAUGUUGGGGGUCGAAAAGCACUUUUGGCGGCAAAGGCUUAUCAGCACGAUAGGAUUGUGAAGAUACUGGAGAACUGGUUAACACUUUCCCCUCAUUUCGAAAAAAGAUCGAAUGCACGAAUCACGUAA